UCGACUUCGGCCGGUUUUGAUGAGCGAACAGGCGCAAAUGAAUGCUACGGGGGGAUGGAGUGAUCUCACUCAUUUAUACGAUUAAUCGGACGGUUUAGGAUGCCAAAUCACUGUGGAGGCUCCUAACUAGCUGAGUUAUACUGUUUAGUAAUUCCUUCUUCAUUGCAUUAUCAAUAAAAUCCCUAGUUCACUAAAAAAAUUAGCAUCCCGCAUAGCCCUAAAAAAAAUAGCAUCCCGCAUCAGCCGUGAGGAGCGUGAGAUGAGUAGCCCCCGCCGCCACCCUUGCCCGGCGGCGGCGCCCCUGGAUGACGACGACCUGCUCUCCGAGAUCCUCCUCCGCCUACCCCCACUGCCAUCCUCCCUCCCCCGCGCCUCUCUCGUCUGCCGGCGCUCGCGCCUCCUCGUCUCCGACCCUCGCUUCGCCCGCCGCUUCCGCAUCCACCACCGCCGCAACCCUCCCCUCCCCGGCUUCCUUCACACAGGCUUUGACACAGCCUUUCGCGAGAUCUCCUUCGUGCCUACUCUGGAGCCCCCCAAUCGUGUCCCGUUCGGGCACUUCUCUUUGAUGUUCGACGGCAGCAGCGGCGGCGGCCCCUUGGCGCUCCUUGGAUGCCGCCAUGGCCUGGUACUCGUCUACCACGCGUCUUGGAAACAGAUCCUGGUGUGGGAUCCUGUCACCGCCGACCAGCACCGGAUUGCCGUCCCCCCAGGGUUUGCGAGAGAUGAUGAGGGGCACACCCUGCUCAGUGGAGCGGUGCUUCGUACCGCCGGAGAUGCCCAACAUUUUCGUGUAGCCUUGACAGUGGUGGACGACGAGGACAAACAACACAGACGAGCUCUCGCAUGUGUGUACUCGUCAGAGACUGGAGUAUGGGGUGAUGUCGUCUCGACGCCGCUUCCAUGCGAGGCUUCUGCGGGCAGGAUGCUUAUUACAGAUAAGCCCGCUGUGCUGGUUCAGAAUUCUCUUUACUGGCUGCCUACUGGGAAUUUGGAUGUAUUUCUGGAGUUUGAUUUGGAGAGGCAGAUCCUAGCUGUGAUAUGGAUGACAGUGGAUUUGGUUGCCAAGGGCUGUUACGAUAUCUGCGUGACGUGUGCAGAGGAUGGUGGUCUUGGUUUCUUCUGUGUGCUGCAGUUGGACUACAUUGCCCAAUUAUGGAAGAGGAAGACUGAUUAUCAUGGUGUUGCUUCAUGGGUGCUAGGAAGAACUAUUGAACUGGACAACCUAAUUCCCUCGAAUUUAGCAGGUAAAUUGCCCAUUGUGGUACUGGGGUUUGCUGAGGACAAUAAUGGGGUGUGCCUGUGGAUAGGUGGCGUCUUCGCUAUAGUCCAUCUUGAGUCAUUGCAGUUCAAGGAACUCUUUAAAUCCAACCGCCUUUUUCAUUGUCACCCAUUCGAAAGUGUCUACACUGCAGGUAAUAACACGCCUUCACAUAUUGGGUUUAACAAAACCAAGUUAAUGUUUAAUAAUUGAUUGGCGGAAUUCUGCCGACAUCCUUU